UACCACUCUAUCGCCAACUCAUCAAUUUCAUUUCCUAACAUUUUCAAUUUACCCUAAUUUAUAAUCCUGAAUCCAUCUACCAAAACGUAAAAAUUCUUAAAUUAUUUGAUAAAUCUGGAGGAAUCCGGUUCAUCGAUGACAAAAAUGGCGAAAAAAUCACCUGAAUACGAGGAGAAUAACGACGCGAAUAGUUCGAUUAAAUACAAGGGAGUUCGGAAGAGGAAAUGGGGAAAAUGGGUAUCCGAAAUCCGUUUACCAAAUAGCCGAGAACGGAUCUGGUUAGGAUCCUAUGAUUCGGCUGAGAAAGCGGCGCGUGCUUUCGACGCGGCUCAGUUUUGUCUUCGUGGUAAGUCGGCGAAUUUUAAUUUUCCUGAAAAUCCACCUGAAAUCGCCGGUGGACGGUCAAUGACGCCGUCGGAAAUUCAAGCUGCGGCAGCGAGGUUUGCUAAUAUGACAGGCGGUAAUGAUCGGGUAGUAGUUAGGGAUGAAUCGGAGGAGAAUCUGACGGUGGAUGAGUACUCUUUAUCUUAUUCGCCGUCGAUUUCUGACGGAACGACGGUACAAAUAGAUAGUUUUGAAAUGACAGGGGUAGAAACGUCAUUUCAGGAGACGUUGAGUUUAAGUAAUACGUUUGGGUCGGGUAAUUACGUGUCGGAUUUUGGGCUUUUUACCGGGUAUGAUGAUUUUACUGCGGAUCAUUUUUUUACCACACCGCAACAACUGGAUAAUAAUUUUGAUUAUGGUGUUCAAGAGGAUACUUAUGAUGCCUCACUUUACCAAGACUCUUUCCUUUGGAAUUUCUAAGUGAGAUUAAAAAAAAAUAUUUGAACAUAGUAAAUUAGAGGACAGUUAAGUAGUGUGACAGAUUGAGAAUCGAAUUUUGUCUCGCUAAAAAGCAAAUUAAGGUUUUGAGCUUGAAUACUCAUCUAGCUCUUACUAUCUGCCUACCUUGUAAUCAGAAAAAUUAGUGUGACAGAUUUAGGAAUAAUUUUUUUUAGUUUCCAAUUCUGUCCUAUAAAAUUGGUCAAUAGAUUGAUUAAUCCAACAUUAGUAGCCUCUUAUGACAUCAAAUUGUAAUAUGCGCAUCUUUUUAUUUUUAACGCACUUUAUAGUGAAACUUUUUGUGAGGUGAUGACUUCAUUAUCAUCCCAACGAAUGAUAUCUCAUUAUUUUUUACAAUGUAUUAUCACCUACAUUAUAAAUAGCUUCCGGGGUUUGAAAAUAAUUUAGUGUUGGUAACAAUAUCUAUCAUUAAAUUAUUAGAACAAUAAUUAGCGAUAAUUAUAAAUAUUCAUUGUGGUUAGAUAUUAUAUGUGAGAAAUUGUUAAAAAUAAUUCAAUAUUUGCUUAAUGCGCUGAAUACAAACUUACAUAUUGUUUA